AUGGCUCGGCUUUCCUUCACAGAAGUGGGCUUGCUGCUUCUGUUGGUGCUGGCGUUGAUGCUAAGUGCUGAGGCAAGAGAGAAGAAGCCAAAGAAUCUGAGGAGGAAGAAAAGAGAAUGGAUCCUGCCUCCUUCCAAGUUGAUGGAGAACACUGACUACUCCCACAAGGAAUUCAUUGCCAAGAUUCGCUCUGAUGAAGACCAAAUUGCAGAGGUGCAUUAUUUUCUUACCGGACCAGGAGCUGACAAGCCACCCAUCGGCAUCUUUAUAGUGGACCCUCACACAGGGUUUGUACGUAUCACUAAAAAACUGGACCGAGAACUAUACCCAUCCUACAAUCUGACAGGGGUCGCUAGAUUCAAAAAUGGGACAACAGCAGAGGAUGACAUCCCACUGACUGUCACAGUCCUGGACAAGAAUGACAACGCUCCUCGCUUUGAGCUGCAAUCUGGCAGCAUCAACGAGUCUAGCAAAAAAGAAGCCUUUAUCAUGCAGAUCGAGGCAAAAGAUGAUGACGAAGUUGGAACAAUUAAUUCAGAGAUCUAUUACUCCAUCAUCAGCCAGGAGCCGGCAGGGACAGGUGACAUGUUCAGGAUAGACAGAAAGACAGGGAAACUAUAUGUCAAAGAGGCCACGUUGGACAGAGAGAUUCAGGACUUCUACACACUGACUGUAUCAGGGACGGAUAUGGGAGGGAGGGCAGGGGGGCUAUCAGGGACAGGAACUGUGGAGAUCAGGGUCCUGGACAUCAAUGACAACCACCCCACUUUAGAAAAAUCAGAGUACUCUGGCUCAGUGGAUGAAAAUGUUGCUGAUGUAGUUGUGAUGAGAAUUAAAGCUCUGGACAAAGACCUUGUGAACUCAGAAAACUGGCAGACAAUCUAUAUAAUCACCUCAGGAAAUGACGAUCAUCUCUUCUCCAUUGAGACAGACAAAAAAACCAAUGAGGGCAUCCUGAAGCUGGUCAAGCCUGUGGAUUUUGAAGAAGUCCAGAAUCUUGAGCUUGGCCUGAUGAUUAAGAACGUAGCUCCUUUUGUAGAAGGCGAUGCUGCGCAUAUGGAUAUCGAUAUUCAGGUUGGAGAGGGGGGUAUCGGACUUAAGCCCGGCGUCAAACCAGGACCAGGAAAACCGAAAAGCUAUCCCAUUAAAAUAGCAGUGAACAAUAUGCCGGAGGGUCCAUCAUUCUUGCCCAAAACCAAGAACAUUCCGGUAUCUGAAGAUCCAAAUCAAAUGCCUAAGGAUGGUGUGUUAGCAGUGUAUACUGCUACCGAUCCAGACACAGGAAAGCCAGCUGAAGAUGUCAGUUAUGCCAAAGCCUAUGAUCCAGACAACUGGUUUACCAUUGAUCCAGAAACAGCUGAGAUCAAACUAAACAAGGCACCAGAUAGAGAGUCACCGUUCUUGGUGAAUGGUACCUACAUUGCCAAGAUUCUGGCCAUCACCAAAGACAUGCCAGCAAAUACAGCCACUGGAACAAUAGCCAUUCAUGUCACUGAUCACAACGACCACUGCCCCACCCUGACCACCACCCACAGCAAUCUGUGCUCUAAUUUAAAAACUGUGACGGUCACUGGUUUUGAUGAGGAUGCUAGUCCUUAUGCGGCUCCGUUUGAGUUCAAAAUCGUACCUGAAGGGACACGAGGAAGCUGGGAUGUAGAAGUCAUCAAUGCUACGAGUGCCAUUCUUCAAUCUCGUGAGUCGCUGUGGCCCGGUUCAUAUCAGCUGCAAGUGGAGAUUUUGGACGCUCAGGGUCUGUCUUGCGAAUCCCAUGAGAUUUUUACUCUGGAUGUUUGCACCUGUGAGGGAACAGAUGAAUGCGAUUCGAAGACAGCCAGACUAGGAACUACUUCAACUGAGAUCUCUGCCCCAGCCAUCGGCCUGCUGCUAAUGGCAGCGUGCUUACUGCUGUUCAUCCCUCUUCUCCUGGUGUUCUGUCAGUGUGGGGGAGCAAACGCCAUCUUUCCUGACCAGUUUAAUGAUCUGCCAUUUGAGGCCAAAGAACACCUCAUAUCCUACCACACUGAAGGCAGAGGCGAGGAUAAGGAAGUUCCACUUCUAAGUGUCCCUAUUAUGUUGGAAAACCAGAAAAUGGUUGAAGCUGCCAGAGCACCGAGCUUCAAGGGCAUUUCUUCAAAAGUCACAAAAACUCAGACCAGCUACAAUGAUACUAUAUAUAUGCAGAAGGUUUGGGAAACCAACCAAAGUUUGAUGGAGACCGACAAUGCCUACGGGUUUGCGAUGGGAUCUUUCAACCAAGGCAAUGUCAGUCGUUCACUCAGCCGACAAACAUUUGGUGCCCAACACGCGACUGCUCUGUAUGAUGAUAUAGCCCUGCCUGACGCUUUCCUCAACGAUUACUACUCACAGAAAGCGGCAUGUGCUGUGCAAGUGAAGGAUGCUUUUUUGGAGUAUGAGUUUGAGGGCCAGGGCUCUUCUGCUGGCUCAGUGGGCUGCUGCAGCCUCCUGGGAUCUGAUAACGACCUGCAGUUCCUUAAUGACCUUGGGUCGAAGUUUAAGACUCUGGCUGAGAUCUGUUCUCCUCCUAUAGCAAUACCCAAACCUUCUCUGACACACACAAUAGGUAUGGAGAGCCCCACAAGCCCAGUCAGCUUCACCAGUCAAGUAAGUCCCACCAUGUUGCUACCUGGUGGCCCAGGAGUAUCUCAGGGCUCAGUGCAUGUGGAGGGCUGGAAAAUGCCUGGCUUGGUGCCGUGUUACUAA